UCACAGAGCCCGGGAACCUGCCUUUAGGCCUCAGGGCUGAGGAUCUCUGUCCUACAGUGAGCAGGGUGCAGCCUGACCCUGGACCUUUGCAUAACUUGCCCUUUGGAGUGUUUUCUGGGCUUAGUGGGGACAGGCAGUACCUAAGCAAACCAGACCUCUCUCCCAAGAUUCUGCUUCUUGCCCUUUGGGGCUCAGCGAAGGUGGGGAAGGAAGGACAGGGAUGGUGGCUGGAGUUAGGAUUAAGAAGUGUUUCCAAAGAGCUGCUCUAAAGAGCAACAGGGCAGCCAUGAGGCUGCCAACAGGGGCUGAACUGUGGCCCAUAGCCAUAUUCACGGUCAUCUUCCUGCUUCUGGUGGACCUGGUGCACCGGCGCCCACGCUGGACUGCCCGCUACCCUCCAGGCCCUGUGUCAUGGCCUGUGCUUGGGAACCUGCUGCAGAUGGACUUCCAGAAUAUGCCAGCGGGCUUGCAAAAGCUGCGAUGUCGCUUUGGGGACCUGUUCAGCCUACAGCUGGCCUUUGAGCCAGUGGUUGUGCUAAAUGGGCUGACGACCCUGCGAGAGGCACUGGUGAGAUACAGCGAGGACACCGCUGACCGGCCACCGCUGCAUUUCAACGACCAGUUGGGCUUUGGACCACGCUCUCAAGGUGUGGUCCUAGCACGGUACGGACCUGCCUGGCGCCAGCAGCGGCGCUUCUCUGUGUCCACCUUGCGUCACUUUGGCCUGGGCAAGAAGUCACUGGAGCAGUGGGUGACCGAGGAGGCCAGAUGCCUCUGUGCUGCCUUCGCUGACCAUACUGGAUGCCCUUUCAGCCCUAACACUCUAUUGGAUAAAGCAGUGUGUAACGUGAUCGCUUCCCUCCUCUAUGCCCGCCGCUUUGAGUACGAUGACCCACACUUCAUCAGGCUACUGAACUUGUUGAAGGAGACUCUCAAGGAGGAAUCUGGAUUCCUGCCCAUGCUCCUGAAUGUGUUUCCGAUGCUCCUGCGAAUCCCAGGGCUGGUUGGCAAGGUCUUCCCUGGAAAAAGGGCCUUUGUGGCCAUGCUGGAUGAGCUGCUGACUGAGCACAAGAUGACCUGGGACCCUGCCCAGCCACCCCGAGACCUGACUGAGGCCUUCCUGGCAGAGAUAGAGAAGGCCAAGGGGAAUCCUGACAGCAGCUUCAAUGAUGGGAACUUGCGCAUGGUGGUGGGUGACCUGUUCAUGGCAGGGAUGGUGACCACCUCAACCACACUGUCCUGGGCCCUGCUGCUCAUGAUCCUGCAUCCAGAUGUGCAGCGCCGCUCACAACAGGAAAUCGAUGAGGUCAUAGGGCAGGUGAGGCAUCCUGAGAUGGCAGACCAGGCCCGCAUGCCCUACACCAAUGCUGUCAUCCAUGAGGUGCAGCGCUUUGCAGACAUUCUCCCUCUUGGUGUGCCUCACAAGACUUCUCGUGACAUUGAAGUGCAAGGCUUCCUUAUCCCUAAGGGGUCGACCCUCGUCACCAACCUGUCCUCAGUGCUGAAGGAUGAGACUGUCUGGGAGAAGCCCCUCCACUUCCAUCCUGAACACUUCCUGGAUGCCCAGGGCCACUUUGUGAAGCAUGAGGCCUUCAUGCCAUUCUCAGCAGGCCGCCGAGCAUGCCUGGGGGAGCCCCUGGCCCGCAUGGAGCUCUUCCUCUUCUUCACCUGCCUCCUGCAGCGUUUUAGCUUCUCCGUGCCUGCAGGACAGCCCCGGCCCAGCGACCGUGGCACCUUUGUUGCUCUGACAACUCCAUGCCCCUACCAGCUCUGUGCUUUGCCCCGCUAAGAGGAAGUAAGACAUCUCGCUCACUGUGCUUGCUAGGGUCCUAAAUGCUCAAUAAAUCAUUUUACUGUAAACUAAAUAACCCCUGUGGGUCUCCAGGCUGUAAGGGGCCUAAGCAUCCUUCCCAUGGGACGUCCGCAUCUCCAGCUUAUUUUUACUUGACCAUUUGACCCCAGUGGAAGAACUGCUCUGUUGACCUGGGAAAUGACCCCAUUCUUGCCUUUACCCUGUCCCCACUUUGUCACCCAAAUUGAUAAUGUUUAUAUGUAGAUACCAACAUCUGGAAGGAGGGUAGGAAAGGACUGCUGAGGUGUGGCAGUAUAAGUUACAUAGAUGAGGGAAGGGCAGGACCGCUUUCUCCUACACACCCCCAUUUCAGAUCCACUACACAACCAAGGCUAACUGCUCAGCCAGCAUCUUAUAUGACAUCCCAGAGAUGUAAAGAAGUCAGGGAGGCUGGAAAUGAUAUGCAGGUUAAGUGCCCAAGGUUACCUGUUGGGUACCACAUGCUUCCCUAAACGGCUUUAUGGGAGUCCAGAAGCAGGUUACCUCCUAGGCUUCUUUGUCACUGCUAAUUCCAUGACCCAACAGAGAUACCGGUGUCCAGGCCCAUGCACAGUAAGAAAGGGCCUCUGUAACCAGGGUUGAUAGGACCUGUAAGCUUGGUAUUGAAACAGGCUCCCAGACCUUAGGAAGUUCCCAGAUCUUAGCACAACUGACUCCAUGAAGGACAUACCAUUUGGGCUAUAAAACUCAGCACAUAGACAGCAGUUCCUUGGAGCAGAGAGAGAAUGGUAGCCAAGCUCCUAGGAUGUGCAUAACCUGAAGACUUUCCAGGGCCCUAGGACUCCUUUUGAUCAAUUGCUGCCUAAAGCUUUGGAGCAGUCUAACACCGCACGCCAAAAAAUAAACAAAUUUCAAAGUUG